GAAGUUCCAAAACACCUUGUCCAAGCCACAUUUAAAGUAUUCCUAUAAUUUCCAGAUAUCAACCAUCCGACUUGCAAUAAUGAAGCUCGUUCUCAACAGCGCAACUGUUAUCGCCACCCUGCUUCUCACACAUCUGGCCUCCGCAGCCACACUUGGUCAACGGGCAGCAGAAACGACCUAUCGUGGAACAUGUCAAACGGGAACUCAGGUGUGUGCGUACGAUGUCGAUGAGACUGUAGGCGAUUCUUGCAACUGUGACACUAGUCAAUUGUGCCAAGGCGAUGGUAAUGCAUGCUUUUACAAUGACACGCCCGGUGUCAGAUUUCAUUGUCCCUGCUCCUGAAGGCGGAUUAGGAAGAUUCGUGAGGUUCCAAUUUUGGCCAGAGAUGAAGUAUUGUGUUCAAAGUAGCUAAAUAAUAGAAAUGGAGCUAUCAAACCA